CCUGCACACUCGCCAUAUUUUCAAGCCGGAGAGGACCGCGCCGCUCCGUUUGCUUGUUAAGUGAAAACAGCAAUUCGGUACCGCUGGAGGACAUACAAGGAGAAAGUUGACUUUUUAACGGAGGAAGUCGAUCUAAGUUGGCGUUCGGACUGUGAACUUUGGGCGCCAUGAACGUCUUCCGCCUGACCGGAGACCUUUCCCACUUGGCAGCCAUCAUCAUCCUGCUGCUGAAGAUAUGGAAAAGCAGGUCGUGUGCAGGCAUCUCUGGAAAGAGUCAAAUCCUCUUUGCGAUGGUGUUCACCACACGCUACUUGGACCUGCUCACCUCCUUCAUCUCGCUCUACAACACGUGCAUGAAAGUGAUCUACAUCGGCUGCGCGUACGCCACCGUCUACCUGAUCUACGUCAAGUUCCGGGCCACCUACGACGGAAAUCACGACAGCUUCAGGGUGGAGUUCCUGGUGGUACCUGUCGGGGGUCUGGCUGUGCUCAUCAACCAUGACUUUUCCCCGCUUGAGAUCCUGUGGACGUUCUCCAUCUACCUGGAGUCGGUGGCCAUCCUCCCGCAGCUCUUCAUGAUCAGCAAGACGGGCGAGGCGGAGACCAUCACCACCCACUACCUGUUCUGCCUGGGCCUGUACCGAACCCUCUACCUUUUCAACUGGAUCUGGCGCUUCUACUUCGAGGGCUUCUUCGACAUGAUCGCCAUCGUCGCCGGCGUGGUCCAGACGGUCCUCUACUGCGACUUCUUCUAUCUUUAUGUCACCAAAGUUUUGAAAGGCAAGAAGCUGAGCCUGCCGGCGUAAGGCCGCCCGACGCGGAGUCUCAGGCGGGCGCCCGAGACAACAAAUCCGGAAUGUCGUCGCCAACAUUAACGGGGGGGGAAAAAAAACACUCGCGAGUCUUGUUGACGGAUGAGCGCCGACGGAUGGCACACGGCGGCGCACGCCAAGCGACAACCAAGCUGAACAAACGUCAUUCCGAGGUCAACCGUCACAUUUCCGUGGUCAGCGUUCUUGCCUUAAACCUUUUUUCUUCUUCAGAGGUGCAUACACUUUUAUUAUUUUCCCAUGUUCUUUUGUUGUUUUUUUCUUUUUUUCCUCCUUUUUUUUCUUACAAAGUCACAAGUUGGGCGACUCUCGGUAAGGAAAUGGACAAAUGUACAGUCUUAUUAAAAAAACAAACAAAAAAAAACAACAAAAAAAAAGGCGUAUCUGCGUGCCUCAUAACAACCAUGUCCGAUUCCUCAUAUUAUUUUCUUUUUUAAUUUUCUCAUUUUUUUGUAGGCAUAUUAUUUCAUGCAUGUAUAUAUCCUUUCUGGGAACUAUUUUAAAGGCCAACAAACACAUUUUCCAAUUUAUAAAACAAAAUAUCUUUUAAUAAUGGCAGCGCUAACAGAUGUCUAAAUAGUUCAAUACCAGCAAUCAUUUUUUUUUUUUUUUUUUUUUUUUUUUUUUUUAGUUGUCACUACUUUCUUGUACGGAUGACGAUGGAUGAAGAUGAAACUAAUUUGUUUUAAGCCAUCAAUUGUCCAAUUUUGCCAUUUUUGUCAUUUGUCACUUUACUGAACACUCGAGUACAAGUGACGUUUAAUGUCCAACAAAGAUCCAAGUUGGUUACUCCUCGAGGGAUAUUAAGCUUUUGUUUGUUUAUUUCCUUUUUUUUCUCUCUGCAUGAUAUCGCCUCCAUUAAAGAUUUUAUGAGAAUCGCCA